GCAAGGCUAAAAAAAGAGGGAUAUACCGGUUCGUGGUUUUUAUGCACAACCUCGACCUCGGGAUCUCGGGCGAUCCUUCGGAACAGGCCCCCCAUGCGUGUCAGACGCGGGGACUCCCAACCAAGCUCGCGGACAGGACUAUCUCGACCAUGGCAAAAGCCAACCCUUUGAGAACUUUAGCAUCCGUCACAAUCAGAGAGACAUUGGACCUAUGCUGCCUUUGCAGUCCUCCAGUAGUUAGCCCUUCGGCGCGAUCAUUCACGAAGUCGAGAAAUACUUCUUGUAAUUGGUGAAGUGAAAGGUAUCCCGAGACGACACCAUUCACCGUCAACCCAAGAUGACCUUUCACUCACAAUAUGUGGGUCAUUGUAUAUCUAUCGAGCUCUCAGACUUGAUUCUAGCUCCAGCAUCACCCGACUGAUCUACUAAAACUCAAACUCCAUAAGAUCUGGAUAUCAGUAUUCUGCCAGUCCUCGCGAUGGCGGAUCUUCUGCGGCUUCACACCCAAGACUUGACCGACAUGAUGGCUGAGCUAGAACGCAACGACAGUCAAGACUUUCAAACAGUGUAUAAUCUGGCAGCAGCUGGGAAUGUCUACUCACUCAACGAGCAGGAGCUGGGUCCACUUCGCCGCAAGGGCACAGUCUUCUCCCGCAACAAAUGGGCUUCACCAGUCCUCACCAAUGACAUCCCAUUGGCAACCUUGCUGCAUCCAAAUCAGAUCAGGCGCAUCCUGAUCAACGAAAUUGGAACCGAGAACCCGUCUCACUUCUUUCCUUCUCGUGGCCACCCAGAGGACGACGGUAGGGCUAUUGUGGAGUUACUCAACAACGUCGCCAAUCCGCAUUAUAGCAAGCCAGGUUCGAUCCUUCACAUGCACUCUCCAUCCUUUGAGCGGCUCUGCCAAUACAAGACGGAGUGGCCGUCCGACGGCAUGCUCGAUGUGUCGGACGUUGCUAUGGCUGUGACGCCAGCUACUGAUGCUCAGGAUAUGGAGUACUGUGACAGGUAUAUCCUUUCCACACUGCUCUCCGGGAGCAAAGUCUGGCUCACGUAUCCUCCUCUUGAUGCCAAUCUUGCAGCCUUGCAGGCAGAGUUCGAGGCUACCGUUGACAAUGCCGCACGCCACACUCUCGAUAAUCUGAGCAGAUUCCAGCAUGGCAUUGCUUUCACUCAGCGAGCAGGUCAGAUUUUGGUACUGCCCCCAUUUUGGAUAGCCGUAAAUCUGACCACUCAGACAUCUGUUUCAUGCGCAUACCAUAUCGCAACAGCAGCGCUCUUCCCAGAGCGCAUCAAAAACAUCAACAGCUUCCUCGUGACUACUCAACUCUCGCCACAGGAAGCAGACUAUGGACAGCAGCGUCUCGUCACGUUUGCCAUCGAGUUCAUCGAGCAUCUCCGACUGGUGUUGGCGGACGACUUCCCACACUACAACAACAGCAAGGUUAUCUUGGCCGUUUGUCGAGCGUACGACCAGCUUCGAGCUGGUCUUCGCCGCGUUCUUGAUGCGAUCGACGACAAGGCGGUCAUGCGAGGCCUCGAGAACACAUAUCGAGUAGCGUGGCUCAGUUUCUUAGAGCAGAAGCGCAAGAAGAUGUCUACUUGUCGACUGUGCAAUCUCCGCACCCAGGACAUGCCUGUCGGAGAGUUCCCGAUGGAUCGUCUCCGACAGCACUUCAUUGACGUCCACUGUCUUCGUGGAGCGCCUCCUGUGCAGUCCAAUGCGCACAUGUAGCUUGUGCUUGGUGAACGGCUUGUGCCAGCUGACACUCAGCAAAUUGGUUGAAACUUGCAAGGGUAACAACAGCAGUUUGGAUAUCACCACCAUCACUCAUCAUGCUGGUGACGUAUCGGAGGUUCUAGAUGUCGGAUCACCGUCCCAGGUAAUGCAACGUGUACUUCGGGAUCGCCCGUUGAUGUGUGAUGAUCCGCAGCGAUCCUUAUCUGUCUAGUAUUAAAAAUGAAACUUACAAACUGCUCC